AUGGCGGCGAAGCUGGAGCUGGAGUCGACGCGGUCAGCGGCCAAGGCCCAGGCGGCGGUCCACAAAGCUAAGGUGGCGCAGCUGGAGGAGCUCUUGGUGAUCGCGCGCCGGGAGCGCGACGAAGCCAUCCAGAGAUUCAUGGAGCUCCAAAGCAAUGUGGUGGUGUGUAGCUCCAGCAUCUCGAGCUGCAGCCUCGCCGCCGCCGCUUCCUUCAUCGCUGACAGCCCCCUGGAUCACCACAGCAGCUUCAACGAUCACCACGAUCAGUCCGCCGAGUGCGUGGAGCCCUUGGUGGCAGCGUCUGCCGCGAUGGUGGACUCCAAUGCCGAGAAUCACCACCACUUCCAGCAACAAAGCCCAUUCGAUCCUCCUCCACCCCAUCUCCCUCCAAGUCUCUUCUCCCCGGCCACCACCACCAUUCUAAGCUCCUCGCUCCAAAACAAUGGCUCGGCGCUCGCUUCCAUCCUCACGCCCCUCCAGCAGCACAGCGACUACGCCAGGGCAGUGAGAGACUUCGAUCCCUCGGCCAGGAAAUUCGAGGAUCCCACCGCCGCCGCCGUGGAAGAUCACGCGACCACCGAGAUGAAUCUCAACCUAAUGCUGCGAAAUCUCCCCGAGCGCGGCAAGCUGCUCCAGGCGGUGAUGAACGCCGGCCCACUGCUCCACACGCUCCUCCUGGCGGGGCCUCUUCCGCAAUGGCACCAUCCACCCCCGGGCCUCGAUUCCUUUCAAUUCCUGGCCGCGCCAUUCCCGGCCCUGAUCGAUCAGCAACAGCACCUGGGCAAGCAGCAGCAGCCACAUUUGUCCCUGAGCGAUGGCGCCGCGGUCACCAGCAAGUGA